UCACAAGACAAAAUGCAAUUUUUUAAAAUUCUCAAUUACAUACCUUUUGCCCAACCUCAUAGUCCCUCCCUUCUCAUCGCCAUUAUACUCCGGCAUAUCGACAAUAACCGCAUGCUCUGUCUCAGGAUCAAUCUCCAUACUAUUAGCAGCUUCCAGUCCCAAAACAUUCCUCGCGAAUUCAAUAACAGCGACUUGCAAUCCCAGACAAAUUCCCAACAUCGGUUUAGAAUUGACUCUGCACCACUUGCAAGCUGAAAUUUUCCCCUCAAUUCCCCUUUUGCCAAACCCUCCGGGUACAAUAACUCCAUCGCUCUUGCACAACUUUUGCCAGGCCUCGUGAUAAAGCACAGGAUUAUCCGCAAGAGUUGCAUUCUCCAAAUUAGCCGCUUCAAUGUGGUCAAAUCUGUCCGAUAGGUCGCGCCACUUGCGCAUGAAACUCCUGGGUCUUUCUGGCCCCACGUGAGGAAGAUCCAGCUGCAGCCGCUCGUUGAGGAACUCAAUGACUCCUUGAGACUCCAUUAAUAAUGGAACACGAUAGAUGGAGCUGAGGUCGUGGAUUGUGAUGACUUGUUCUGGAGCCACGUGGCAGAAGUUAGACACUUUGUCCUUGACUGAGGGACCGAUUGGCUGCUCCGAGCGGCAGACUAUCAAAUCAGGUGAUAGGCCCAGGCCGCGAAGUUCCCGAACUGAAGCUUGGGUUGGCUUUGUUUUAGGCUCGCCUGUGCUCCGUGGUUGAGGAACUAGUGACACGUGCGCCACGCAGAAGUUCUCCUUCUUGACGCGGAACUGGAACUGACGGAACGCUUCUACGAACGGCAUGCCCUCUAUGUCUCCGAUUGUACCACCGAGUUCUAUUACACAGACCCGAGGUUGGCUGUUGGACUCUGUUACCGGUUGCUGGGAGACUCUUUCAACCCAUUCUUGGAUGCAGUCGGUUAUGGAAAGUUUAAUGGAUACCUUGAACUGUUUUGCCGAGGUAGUCGCCGUGGCGCUCCUUGUUGAUGACAUGCUGGUACACCUUGCCGGUGGUUAUGUUAUUGUCACGGUGCAGGGUUAUGUCUAG